CCAUAUACACAUAUUCGAAACCAAAGCACAAGUGGACCAAAACAAGACAUGCAACGUUUACAAUUUUUGUUCUUAUUUUUCGAUUUUUUACGUCUUCCAACUUUUUUUGAUUUUUUGAAAAAUAUUUAGGCUUUCUGUUUGAAUAUGGGUAUUCUCCUUUAUCUCCACAUCAACUAUACUCUUCUCUUCUUCUCUUUUGUACGCUAUAAGUUUUUAAAUAAGCGAGAGUUUCAAAAACUAAAUAAAAUGGAUAGUUGAACUGAAAUAAAUAAACUAAACUAAAAUUACUAAAAGAGUUUUGCAUGCUUCAUACUUAUCAAAGAAGUUUGGUGAAGUAAAAUAGGUAUAGUUUAUAUUUAUCAAAGAAUAUUCUUGAACCAGGUUUUCUAAAAUAUAAAUGUAAAACAUUUUACCUGUUGAUACCAAAACCACUAUAGUGCAAUAACAUUGUAUAUAUAUUAUGAAACAAAAUAGUCAUGAUAAAUUUACUAUAUAUGUUUCAAUCUUUUUAUAUGAUUUUAUUAUAUAAUUCUUCCUAAAAUUAACACAAUAAGAUUUGCAAGAUUUGAGUAAAAGAAAAAUCUUCCCGAUUAUAUUUAUAUUUGCAUUGACUAAUCAAAAAGACUAUCUUAAAUCUAGAAGUUAUCACAAAAAAAAAAAUUACAUUAUUUAAAAGAAAACAUAAAAGCAUUAGUCGAAAAUUUAUAUAGGGUAAUGAGUUGUGCAUGUCAGCAGUUGAAAAAAAAAAAUAUUUUAAAAAUAAUACUAUAUAUUUUUAAAAUAAUACGUAAUGUUUAAUGCAUUAAAUCUGAAGUGCAAUGAAAAGUUAAGGAAGUGGAGCGCCACAAAACAAAGUUUGAGUUGGCCUUUUGAGGCUUAAGACACACAGAUAACGCGAUUACUCCCGUAAACCCUGAAAAAGUCUUCCCAUUUAAAUACAUUUCUUAAAAAGACGUGAUUUUAAGACCAAAACCGCUUAGAAAAAUGGUAUUUUAUAAGUAUUCAAGGUCUGCAUAAAUUGAUAUUUUGAGUGGAUGAUGAUCCACCUUCAAGUAUGCGUGAAUAGCAACAUAACAAUGGUGUUACAAAAAAAAAAGCAACAUAACAAUAAUAAUAAUAAUAAAAACGUGAGGAAAUAGUCUUGGAUGAUCAUUAUUACUUUAAUGAAUAGUCGGUUGGAUUAGUGGGAGAGAGGUCAAAUUACAACCCCUAUAAGUAUACUCCUCUUCUUUCACCAUAUAUAUGGACACUGUGUAAUUAAGUCCCAAAUUACACACAUAAUACAUAAAUCACUUGGCCACGUUACAACUUACAAGUUAAGACCUGUCCGCAUUAUCUUUGUUUGCUUAGGGUCCAUCGAUUUUGCAGCAAUGGAUUAUGAACUGGUUCGUUCCAGGAAGAGUAUGAAAAACAACAAGUGGCUCGAGCAUAAUCUCGAUGAUAUGGACAGGAGCGUGAAACGUAUGGUUAAGUUGAUAGAAGAGGAUGCAGAUUCGCUUGCCAAGAAGGCAGAGAUGUACUACCAAAAGAGACCAGAACUCAUCAGCCUGGUCGAUGAGUUUCACCGUAUGUACCGUUCUCUCGCCGAGCGUUACGAUGACCUCUCCUCCUCUGACCUCACUACUGAGCUCAAUAACAAUAGGUUAGGCCGUCCUCCUUCCCGCCGCGCUCCUGGUUUUGACUACUUCCUUGGCAAUAACGGAGGAGGAGGCCUUCCCUCUGAUCUUUACCACAAAGAUGUAGAUGAUGCUGCUUCCGUUACCGACUCCGAACAGGAAUGGGAUGAUUCCUCUUCCCUGGCUAGUUACCCCGGUUACGUGAGCGUUGGUUCAGACUUUCAGUCCAUGACCAAGAGGGUCGCUGAUCUCGAGAUCGAUCUGCGUGAAGCCAAAGAGAGGCUCAGGAUGCAACUCGAAGGAAACACUGAGGGUUUGUCCUUGACAAGGGUGAAGAGUGAGAGUAAGUUUGUUGAUUAUCCAGCGAAACUCGCUGCUUGUGAGCAAGAGCUGAGAGAUGCAAACGAGAAGAUACUCAACUCAGAAGACCAAAUCUUCAUGUUGAAGAACCAGCUCGCUAGAUACUUGCCAUCUGAGUUAGAUGAUGAGAAUGGCGAAGAAGGAGCAGAUUCAACACAAGACAUGGACGUAGAGAGUUUGUCUGAAGAGCUGAGGAUCGCAAGCCUGAGGCUUAGGGAGGCGGAGAGAGAGAACGGCAUGAUGAGAAGAGAAGUUGAGAAGAGCAAGUCUGAUGAGUUAAGGCUCAAGAGCCUCCAGAACAUGCUCGAGUCGGCGCAGAAAGAAGCUGCAGCAUGGAAGAGCAAGUCUACUGCGGAUAGAAGAGAGGUGGUGAAGCUGCACGACAGAGUCUCCAUGUUGAAACAUAGUUUAGCAGGUAGAGAUCAUGAGAUCAGGGAUUUAAAGACAGCUCUGUCUGACGCAGAAGAGAAGAUAUUCCCUGAGAAGGCGCAGUUCAAAGAAGAGAUAACCAGCCUCUUGGAGGAAAAGGCAAACCGAGACGAGCAGUUCAGUGAGCUGGAAGCGCAAGUGCGUUAUCUCGAAGAGGAGAUAAGAAGAGUGACUAAUGAGAAAAAGGAAGAGGAGGAGAGGCUUAAGGGAGAAAUCGAGGUGUUGACAAUGGAAAAGGCAGUGAAAGAGAUAUGCAUAGAGACGGUAAGCAACAAGGUGAGUAAGCUUGAAUCAGAGAUGCUUCUGCUUGAAUAUGAAAUGAAAGCAAAAGACAGUAAGACAAUGGAGAUGGAGGAGGAGGUGGAGAAGCUGAGGAGUGAGCUAGAAGAAGUAGCAGAAGAGAAGAGGGAAGUGAUAAGGCAACUUUGUUUUUCACUGGACUACUCCAAAGACGAGUGUAAGAGACUACACACGACGACUACUCAGGGCAUCGACCACUAAGAUCUUCCUCGAUUUUUCGCUUUUUUGAUUCUGAUGUAUAGCAUCUAUGUACUUUAUAACUUUGUUUGUGUUACUCUUUCACAGAAAGAGCUGUUUUUGGUUUGUUUGUUUAAUGAAAAGAAUAAUAAAAAUCAAAAGAUUUAGGAACAGUUUGUGUUUGACAUUAGAUAU